CUGAAAGAUGCGGGAUAAUUAGGGAAACAAGCUUACUUAACCUUCCCUUACUUCUCCUUAUAAUUAGUGGCCCGAAGCAAUACUGUUACCCCAUCCUUACAAAAACAAUGUUUAUUAAGAACACUCUGAGGAUACACAUAUUAUGAAUAAUUCCUUUCAUUAAUUUGCCGACAUCUCUGUUUGGAGCCCUGAAAAUCAGAGUGAUUAAUUUAUGAGUCUCACAAGAAUUUCCUCAACGCCUGCCUGUUGAUUGCAGUGCUGGAGUUUAUUUAUUAGCUGUUCCAAUGAGUUUGCAAUUCAAGACACUCUGGCAAUUCGUCACAUGUUUUGCAUAUCACCUUACCCUUGUCAGUUUGGCUUCAUGGUCUAUUGCAAAUAGCGUUUUGGUAGACCAGCCUUUUGUUUCUGACCUUAAGGAGCAUAUUUGAGCUAAUUGUGACCAAACGUCUCCCCAAUGUCACUUUCUUUUUUUCUUCUUCUUCUUCCUUUUUUUGGUGAUAGGCUUAUGAAGAAAAUACAGUGUCAAGUUCGCAGCCAAUUAGAGUGGGAUACGGCCUGCACAUAUCGGAGUUGAAGCAAAAGAGAGCCCUGCCUCUGGCGUUGAAAACGAGCCUCUGCUGCCCCCAGACAGAAAUAAGUUGGGAAGGCGGAAAGAGCAGCCUUUUCUCCGCUGCGAGCGGGUGUUAUGGGUCGAAAGAUUAAUUACGUCGGAGUGAAAUACUUGUCCGCCGCUUUGUGUAUCCAAUAAAUUAAGGGCUCCCGAGACUUACGCACACAGGUGAAGUGUUGGAUGUGCGUACACGGGGACUGCGGCGCAGCGUUUCUGCAUACUUUAUAAGGAUAAACUGGACUUUGAAAGGGAUCUCUUCUACAUUGGCGAGCAAAUUCUCUGACCUAACGACGUCUUCUUUGGGUUGCCUUCAUGUCGUUUUUUGAGGCAGAGCCGUUGAGAAGUACCAGAGGUCAGUAAGUGCACCCCGAUGGUUGGAAGACAGACGCUCCGAAUGGACAGCGGUAAUUGCUCCGGAGCAGUGGUGGAUGACAGUCCAGGAUCCAGCCCGAGCUCCAGCCCGAGUCCAGACGGUCGUCGUCAGGAGCUCCACCGGGCCAGAGUGCUCCAGAGCGGCGGGAUCGGCGGCAGAGGACGCCCGGCAGCAGCGAAUGCGGCGAGGGAGAGGAGCCGGGUACAGACGCUGAGGAACGCCUUCCUGGAGCUUCAAAGGACUUUGCCGUCAGUGCCGCCGGACACCAAGCUGUCCAAACUCGACGUGCUGAUACUGGCCACCACCUAUAUUGCCCAUCUGACUCGAACUCUGCAGGAAGAAGGCACAGAGGAAGGAGAGGGCACGAAACAAACAGAGGCGUUACACUCACUGAAAGGCGAAGGCUACCUGCACCCGGUGAAGAAAUGGCCAAUGCGAUCCAGGCUGUACGUUGGAGCAAGCGGGCAAUUCCUAAACACUUCUAGUCCUUCAGAGUCAGAGGAUCAAGGCCCAUCGUCGUCCACCUCCCAGUAAAAUAGGCUUAAUUCAUUUGUACCGAACAGCUUCGUUUUGUGCACGAGUUCAUGCUUUACUUCCGAAGCGGCACAUGAUUGUAGAACAGCUCCCACUAAAGCACCGCAAAUUAGGAAGACCUUGUAAAUUAAUAUAUUACGUGAAUUUUAUUGUAUAAAUUUUGAGAAAGCAUACAUUAUAUUUCUUUGUGUUAUUUCGACUAAUCCUGCCUGCAUUGUGCAGCUCCACACAUGUCCCAGGUAUAUUUACAGAGACUCCUCGGGGCAACGAGCCCGUCAUGCUUGAGUGUGCACUUUCAGCUGAGACAUUUGCACUAAAUGCAUGUCUGAAUAACUUAACAUCUGUCAUGUGAAGUGGUCUGUCAGGGAGCCCACAAUGCAGGCUCCGAGUCUCAUGUUCCUCCUUAUUUUUUACAUGCAUGGGUGUAAAUGUGUUUGUGAAUAAAUUACUUGACAAUGAAAGAAGAUAUGUCUCCAAGGUUUGAACGA